AGGUGUGGUGCAACUUUUUCUAAAACGGCAACAUUGCGCUAUCAAUCAAAAGUUUCGAGUUUUCAACACCCGAAUGACCGGAGUGAAGUUGGCAUUACUCAGAAUUUAUGAAAAUACUUCAAGUUUCAUUUCUAUUUUUAUAUUCUACUUAUUCGAUACAUAAGACGUAAAAAUGGAGGGUAUAUACAAAAUCAAUCUGAUACCCAACGAUCUAAGUAUGGAAGGGACCAUCCUGCAGAUCGCUGACACCCUAGACAAUUUAAACGGAAUAGUCGAUGACGUGUUUGCCCGUAUAAUGAACAGAAUAAAAGUGAACACAGACAAGACCUCUAAACUCCAGGAAAGGAUCACUUUGUCAAGAGCUAAAGUGGAGACACUUGCUGGUAUGCAGAAGGCAAUCAAAGUGUUCUCUAGUGCGAAGUAUCCCGCUUCCAUUGAACAUGAGAACUAUCAAUCGAUUUUUGAUACCAACAACUACCACUACGAAUCCAAAAAGGUUACUCUGAGCGGGAAGUCUCAGAGGCAAUCGAACGAAAAAGCGAUUCAGGAGAAGCUUCACUUCUUCCACGUGAAAGUGGCUGAACCGAAGGCAGCGAAGGCCAAACAGGACUUCAAUCUGAAGGCCGUGGUCAACGAAGUGUCAACGGUCGGCGAUCUUUUGAUAUACAAUACUGACGAGAGCCCAUAUGUGGGGGCCCCGAGCAAGGCGCCGGUGUAUGUGCCCACCGUUAGUGCCAGCGUGGAGAAGAAUCUUCUAGAAGAAGCGCCGCCAUCUAUAAUGAAUAGGAACAUCUUGAAACGCGAGAUAGACGAAUACAUGUACGCGCCUGGUAUGGGAAUGGUACCGGAGUUGGACAUGCCGCUCGACCUGCCACACUUGCCGGGCAUCGCGGGUGACGUUCAGUACCUGAUCACAAGCGACGGGUCCAUCGCACCCUCGGCCAUCACCUCGCCGGUCAGCCCAUUCAACGCUGUGCCGGAAAUAGAAUUACCCGAGUUGCCGGACUUACAAGACCUCAACGAUUCGGUGCCGGAUAUAACGGACGCACCGCCCGUUCCGAUAGUGGUAGUUCCUGUGCCACCAAUUGUUCCUGGAUCCGACACGCCUGGGUCUGGCAUGCCCGGGUCUGUCAUACCCGGAGCACCGAGCGUGCCUGCGCCACCUAGUAUGCCCGUGCCGCCGCCUCCACCACCACCACCGCCGCCGAUGGACUUCCAAACAACAAAUGAUGGGAAGCAGCGAGCUGAGUCCGCGCCCGCUCCCGCUCCCGCGCCCGCUUCCGCUCCUGUAGUGGACGCGCACGCCAGUCUCAUGGCCGCCAUCCGGCAGGCGGGUGGGAGGGCUAAACUCAAGCCCGCCGCAAGCACCGCUGAAGGCAAAGGCGCCACACCGAUAGGCGGAGACCUCAUGGCUGAUCUCCACGCGAAGCUGUCCAUGCGGCGCCGCGGCAUCUCCGGCGCCGAGAGGUCGGGCGGCACCGUGCUGCACACGCUAGCCAGCGUCAUACCGGAGCCCACCGAGUCUUCGCCGCAGCAGUCGUCCAGCGACGAAGAUUGGGAGUAGACCAGGUCUUUUUAACACCAUCGAAUUUCAAUACUGCCACUUCUAGCCUCUACACUCUACAACCUGUGUGAUCGAACCUCUGCCGCCGUCAUUUCGUAUUCUAUAGAGUCCACAGUAGAACUCUAGCGAUUGGAACUUUUGAUACUUUAACAUACUGUUUUAAAAUUACUUGUUCAAUUGUAUAGUCAAGUUUCUGCCGCCCUUUCGCAGUCGCUCAAUCAAAAUGUACAAAAUGCACACUUACAGAUACAUAUAUUUUAGCAGUGCCAGCUUCUAGAUAUGGGUAUCAAAUUAAAUGUGAUGUAAUUAGGAAUUUGUAGAAUGUAUAAUGAUUGACAUUUACUGGGAUUGAAGAAGAUAUAUAGGGAUUUUAGCCGGUGAGAGUGCGGCACUGCCCAAAACGAGUCUCCAUUGGGAGCUCUAUACUAAAGAUAUACUCUAUGUGUAUUGUUUACCAACAAACAAAUUAGAAAUAAAGGAAAACAUAUGUGAUUUCAUAACUUUUUUAUUUUUAAUUAUGUAUUGUUUUUUUUUUAAAUUGUUAUUCAAAAUAGAUUUACUAUAUCUAAUCGUUCUAAGCUUAUUAAUCAAAUUUAUUUUCAUUAAUUUUAAACCAAAUUAUUAGUUGUAAAAUGGCUAGCAAUUUCUAUCCUCAUUUUUAAUUUGUUUCAUAGUAAACAGUGCACAUCCAGUAUGUAUUUAAUAUACGCCCUCUAGCAAACGCAAACAAAAUAGAAAACUAACAGUUACAUUUUAACCAGUGAUUAAAAAUCUGGUUGUAAAUGGUGCAAUAAAACGUUGAAAAGCAAUAGACCGUCCGAUUUGAUUGCGACGAAUAAAAACUAAUUAUAACGAAUUUAGGGUGUUGUUAGUACCUACUAUGAUUUUAAUAAUGCACUUCUGCAAGAUUACAUAAGAAACUGAAACUUUAAAAAAAAACUAGUAUGUUUUUUUUUAAAAUAGUAGUAGAUUACGUCGUAUCUUUGUGGUCGACAAAAGGAAUUCGAGUUUCUAAAUAUAGAAGCGCAUAUUGGUAAUGUAGAGGUACUGCUUAGGUAUGUAGUUAGGCGCCUUUUAAGAUUCUGCAAAUUUCGCACCAUGGUUUUAAGCACACUUUCUCGUAAAAUUACUCGUCUACCACAAUCAGAUAUAUUAUUGAUACUACAUACCUACAUUACGUAUCACCUGGGUUCCUACUUAGGUAAACUGUUAGAACAAAAAAUAUGUCAAUGGUCACAAUCUCCUCAUCGGCACUUGUAACGCACGCAGUAUUUUAAAGUGAUUAUAACUUGCAAAUGUAUUCAAGAUAUCAUAAUACAUACAUUGGCAUGUAAAUAUCAAAAUUGUUCGCUCGUCGUAAAUGUACUAUGUAUUUGACACUGUUAUAUGGUACCUAUUUAUUCUAUAAGUCUUGGCACCAUAAUUUAUACUUACUAUAAUAAAUGGAGUUCACUUGAUAAAAUCUGUUAUAUAAAAACAUCUAGUUACUUGUACUAUAAAUCACAUAAUGAUAUUCGAUGUUCGAUGUACUUUAAAUAUAUAUUAUAUCUAAACAGUCGAAACUAUUGAGUAUAGAUAUACAGGGUGCUCGGGACGAAAAUGAAUUAAAAUGUCUAAGGAAAAAAAUAAAAUGUCUAUAAUGAAUAUUUUCGGAGUAAAAAAUAUUUCUUUUGUAAAUUGAUCUUAAAUUUUGUCCCUUACAUCGCAUCCUUAUAUUAUGACCUAGCCAAAUUUUAAAAUUGAUAAAUAUCAAGAAAUCGCUUACUAGUGAAGUGCGGGGUGCCAAUUGCAAUAUCUCGUCGAUAUCGAUAGUCUUACUACAACGAUUACGUAUUUUAAAAUGCAAGUAUCGAUAAAGGCGUGUGUUACAUGGAUAGUCGGAAUUAUUUGAAUUACUUUGUAUGUUAUGGGAACUCCCGAGCACCCUGUAUACAGACGAUGCUCAGCAAAAAUGUCAAUACAAUUUACAUUAUAAAAUAUGCAAGCUUGUCUAUCCGUAGGUAAUCUAAGGCAUUUACUGUCAUUUAGAAUCGCUGUUACUACUUAUAUUAAGUGCAUUCGAUUGUACGUCUGCAUAUUUAAAACACCCGCGUAGCGUUUAAGGCUUAGCCCGUCUUUAAUCAUUUAUUCUAUUGUCUAUGAAUGUCCUACGGUCAAUUACGUUACGCAGAAAAUGUAGUGCAUUUUAUAUUAUUUACUUUUGUAAUCUAUGUAUUUCUAGAAUUUGAUAAAUUUAGAUUUGAUCGCGUAGGUUAAUCCGUUAAGGUUAACCUAAGACUUUUCUUGACUUGAUCGCGAAGACUAGUUAUAUCAUCUAUUUACCCCCAAAAACCAUUAACCUACCCAAAAAAUUAUAGUUUUAUAAUACGACUAGCUUUUCACUCAGGGCUUUGCUUGCGUUUAUUUAAUUAAUCAAGUAUAUCGACUCUCUAAGAGACCGUACAGAUUACUUUAGUGUUUAGUCGAGUACGAACAAUUUUUGGAUUUACCGCCCAAAAAUCGUUCGUACUCGACUAAAAUACUAAAGUAUUUCGAACUAGGCCUAAAAGUUCAAUUUUUCGGGAGUAUAGUAAGUCCGUAUUUGUUUAAUACAUGAUCAUGGGAUCAGUAGCGAAGGUGCGAAAGCGUAAAAAAUAAUUAAUUAAUUAAUACGCAUUAUGCAUGUAACAUUAGUUAGUAAUAUCAUAGAAACUGACAUCGUUCACAUCGUUGAAUAAUAUAAAAUUUCUUUAAAAGCCGGGAAUCGAACCGGGGACUUCCCAACACGUUUUUCGAAACUGAUCGAUACAUCGUAGAGCUGUUGUUUUUUGGCUAUCUUAAUCGUUCCGAGUUCUUGGAAUGGCGUGCCACUGGAUCGACAACGGUUAAUCAGUUUUAAAAUGUUUCUCGAGAACGAUUAAAAGGUCAUUACUAACACCGCUCAAUGUCUAUCGUGGUCUAGUAGUUAUUUUGUUAGUUCACUGCGGGACGCGGAUUCGAUUUCUAGGAAUGCUACUUUUUUUUAACGUUGAUCACAUUAAUAUUAUAAAGGUGAAAGGUUGGGUGUGUGUUUGUUUGCUUUGCGCUGCGGCUACUGAAGCGAUUUGGCUGAAAUUUGGAAUGGAAAAUACUUUUCAUCCCGGAAUAAUCCAUGGUUCCCGCGGGAUUUAUUAAAUACUAAUAAUUCCACGCGGACGAAGUGGCAGGCAUCCGAUAGUUAAUAAUAAGUACGAAAAUAGAAAAUGAAAAAAAAAACUUUCUUUACGCAGGAAUAGGCAUUUUCUAGGCAAAGGCUUUGCUUUUUUUACCGACUUAAAAAAAGGAGGUAGUUUCUCAAUUCGACCGUAAAUAUUUUCAUCAGGCAAGAUUUGGAGUUAAGCGCAAAUCUAUUUACCAUAAAUAAAACAAGAGUGUAUACUUAUGAAAGCUUUAAAAAAAGCUUUUAAGUGAACGCGUCUUUUCGCACAUUAUUAAAAUAUUAAUAAAAAUUACACUAAAAAUACAUCGAAAUUAAAUAUGAAGUUACUAUUAGUAUUACAAAAUGUUAAAAAAAAUAUCUUGAAAGUAUAUUAAAUUACUUAACGUUGAAUAGCUUGUUGUGAAUUUGAUAUUUAUAUUGUAAUUUGUUUGUUUGAACUUCAAGUAAAGAAAUGUACCUGACGUACCUAUAUUACAAACCGUGUCCUUUAGAAUACAAAGGGUAGUGUUCCGGGAACUUAUUACGUAAAUAAUCACAUUUCAUGCCAACGGCUGUAGGAAAAUGAAAUUUAAAACAUUACAAUAUGUUUCGAUACUAACUUGAAGACAAUAAAAUCCAUAUUGAACUGGUUAUUCAUAAUUGUAUUAACGAUGAUUUGUUUAAAUUGAAUUUAAAAAAUAAACUGUGAAAUUCCGCUAGCUAAGUGUAAAUAAAUGUUACAAGUUUAUAACAAAUAAAUAAAAAUUAUAAAUUAUGACCAUCCCCGAAAUUAGUUUAAAUGACGACUUUUUAGUCAGUCAAGUCAGAUAUUCCUGUUAUCAUAAUGAAAUAAUUACAACUUUUGAAUUUAUAAAAAAUCUUAGAUUAGGUUCAUUACAUUAGUUAUGAGCUAUAUUGAUAUUGUUAGAAAAAUAUCAUAAUAGUUAAUAUGUCUUUAUACUGAGUACUCAGAAUACAGAAAACACGAGAAGCCAAGUUCAGCCGUCAUUAUAAAGCACGCAUUGUGUCCAAAAAUUAUACAAUACGACAUACAUAGAGUGACUAAUCGCUUGUUCGUGAAAUUACACCAAAAAAGAGUAAUUUCAACCGCUACAUUCCUAUGCGCGAUACCUUCUGGAGAUUUCUGUAUUCUGAGACUGUAUACGUUGACGUUUUUUGACCAAUUAGUAAGUUGAAAAGACAAGCCUUAAUUGUUCUUAAAUAAAAAACUUAGAGUAUUUAUCGGUUAAAUCUAAAAUCUAAUCAAUCUAGAAUAUUAAUUAAAUAAUGUAAAGUUUACGAUGUUCGCGCGGAGUUGCGUUGACGCGUUUAACAAAUGAGUAUUUACAAAGGGCCCCCGGUUCCGGGAGGUUAUUACUAUAAUCGCAUUUCUCACUAGUGGCUGAGGCUGUCUCGCUUUCGUUUCGUGGAAGGUGCGCGCACAUAAACAGUCCCCGCGAACUAUCAACCGGCGCGGGUGAUUAGCGUUUCCAGAAUCGGCGAGAAAAAAUACAACACUUUGACCGAGGCGUAACACUAUGAUAAGAGACACAAACAAAAAACGAUGUUUUUUAAACGUUCGAUACAUAUUUCAAUUUGUUUUGAUCGCUAUUGACAGGGUCGUCAAUAAGGACUUAUAAGGAAAUACCCGAAGUCCCUACUUGUUGACUCUGGAUGACCACUUUCCACUAAUCAAUGACUUGCACCCAAAACGGUGUUGUAAACGUAUACGGUAUUAGGGUAACGUAUUAAGUAUACGAGUAACUGCUGCUCGUUAGUAAUUAGUUACGAUUAGCAUUUCCAAUAUCGCCGUGAAAGAUACAAAACUUUGCCCAAGGCUGCGUAACACACAUAAGUCACAAAAACAACAAGGAUGUUUUUAAACGUGUGAUACCUAGUAGUUCGUUUCAAUUUUCUUUGAUCGCUAUUGACCCUAUAAGUACUUACAAGGAAAUACCCGAAGUCCCUACUUGUUGACUCUGGAUGACAACUUUCCACUAAUCAAUCCCUUGCAAAAGUCCAAAGCGGACUUGUACACGUUUAGGUAUAGGAGUAACUGCUGCUCGUUAAAUUAGUUACGAUUAACAUUUCCUAAAUAGGCGUGAAUAAAAUACAAAACUUUGGCCAAGGUUGCGUAACACUGCGACGCGUUAACAACAAGAGAACACAAACAAACAAACAAACAAGGAUGUUUUUAAACGCUUAAUACCUAGUAGUUAGUGUCAAGGUGUCAAUAAUGUUUGUUUUGAUCGCCGUUUAAGUCCCACUUCGAAGAAAACACCCGAAGUCACUACUUGUUGACUCCAGAUGACCACUUUUCACUCUUAUGUCAAUCCCACCUACUUAUACACGUAAUGGGAUGUGAUUAACAUUUCCAGAAUCGGCGUAAUAAAAAUACAAAACUUUGACCAAGACUGCCAUAAGUCGCGAUCGGCGAUGUCAUGCACAACAACCAAUAUAAUACCAACAGACGAUCAAUUUUAUCGUACGUCAAGCCGUUAGCGCUGCAGCUGUGAGAUUACUUAAUCGUCAGUGGCUUGUAGGCUUGCGGCGCGUUAAAAAUACAAGAUCACACAAAAAACACCCUUUAUUCAAUAAAAUAUAAAGGGUGUUUUUAAGCGAAUGAUACCUAGUAGUUUGUUACAAUAAUGUUUGUUUUGAUCGCCGUUGAUGGCCCACUUCGAAGAAAAUAUCCGAAGUCACUACUUGUUGAUUCUAGAUGACCACUUUCCUCUCGUAAAUCCCAUCAUGCGAUCUUUUAUACGAGUAAUUGCUACUUGGUAGUAAUUAGAUUUUAUUUGAUGAUUUCAUUUUAUUUCUUUGUUUUCAUUAAAAUUUUCAUCGAUCGUAAAAAAUACAUUUUAUUUGUUAAUUUAAUUUACUUUUUUAUGAAUUUGAAAGUGUUAUGCAUAACAAGGUGCUGUUUAUAGUAUUCACAAAUCACUACGCAAAUGGGAGACAUUACUGCUAAUAAAUUUCGUUUUGAACACAAUACAAGAAUAUUCAUUGAUCAUUGAGACUCGUUUAAAAAUCAAUGAACUUUUAAACACUUAAAAAUUUAUAAUUAAUAUAGAGAAAAUUGAAAAUCUUUGUUAUACGAUGAGGCUUUUAAUGUUUUGUGGUGCUAAGUUAGUAUUUUAUAAGAACGUAGUAAGACUAAGGAAGGCAGAAGUACUGUGAUGUUUGAGCUUAGAAAGAGAACGUUGAAAGAUAGAUUACAUUAAAACAAAAUUUGGAUUUCUUCCAUGAAUGUAAAUUUAAAUUCGUUAAAAUAAAAGUCUUUAACCUCGGUUACUAUAAAUCACAUUGUUUUUAAGAAAUAAUAUAUACUUCGAACGAGGCGUUUGAACAUAUGGUGAUAUUGAACGAAUAUCGUUCGUUUUUCUUCCCUUGAACUAUCUAUCCAGUUUUAUCCACUUAUAUGCAUACGCUUUCCGCUUAUUUGCGAAUGUAGUUAUAUUUUAAGAGCAUGCUUGACCAACUUAAACAACCUUUUAUAUAAAUUAUAAUAAAAUAACAGGUGUAUAAAACCUAAUGAUGUUUCUUUGUUGAUGCAUCGAAUGAUAUCUAUUUGUCUAAAUUUAUUCUUGGUACGAUUAUGUAGAUUUGCGAAUUGCGCGUUGCUAAAAUAAUAUAAUUACAUAAGAUUUAUUUUUAUCAUCUGAUGUUUCUGACAAAGAAAAAUAUUCAAAUGUUAAUUUGCUUCAAAAGUUUAUUAAUAAUCGUAAAAAUUUGUUGAAAUAUAAUAUUAUUAUAUUAUAUAUAAUAUUAAUUAUUAAGUUGUCAGUAGUUUUUUAGCAUAGUUUCCUAUUUACAUUACUAUUGGCAUUUUAUACGGAACAACUAAUUGAUUAUAUGAAUUAAUUAAUAAUGUUAUAAUUAUACAACUAAUUAAGCUAUAAUUACGACAAUAAAAUCGCGAAACGUUGAUUUGCUUUAAAUAUUUAUGAAAAUGGAAUUUUAUUAUGAUUGUCUGAGAUUGAAAAAAAGCAAAUGAAAUUAAAAAAUAUAUAUUUAUAAAUUGUAAUUUAAAGCAAAGCGUAUUUGCUGCGAACAAUAAUAAAUUAUAAGACGUAGUUUAAAGAAAUGUGACUAUCGUAGAAUGUGGUGGAAACGUGAAUUUUUUCACAUUUUCCAAAUGAUUUGUAUGCGAGAUAGGUGCGGUACAGUUGGUUCCACGGACCUAACUGUCUCCGAUACGUGGAUUAACUUUUGUGAACAGAUCCAAGGCGGAUUAAAUCUAUAUAACUUAAAGUGGCAUUUUACUAGGAAACGUGACUUUGCAUUGUGGUCUACGGAAUUUUAAGGUUUCCCCACACAGCGGACGGGACGGGACGCAAUGGGAUGGGACGGGACAGGACGGCGACGCGACGCCGGCGUGUCUUGAGCCGUUGUUACUUAUACAGGGUGCUCGGGAGUAUUUCCCAAAAAAUCAAGGUGUUGAUGAGUCCACUUAUAGGAGCUGAAGUGCAUAACUAAUAUUUUUUUUUAAUAAAAAAAUAACACACGCGUUUAUCUAUCCUUGCAUUUUAAAAUACGUGAAUCUUGGCUACGUCAUAAUUAUAAGGAUGCGUAUAAGGUUCACAUUUUAAGAUUUAUUUACAAAAGAAAUAUUAUUUACUCCAAAAAUAUUAAUUUUAGAACACAUGUUCCUUGAAUAUUUUAAAGUAUGGGAAAUACCCUAUAUGUAUACUAGUAAAUAUAGAACAUCUCACACGGUACGUCCCGCCGGGUGUGAGCGUUAUUUACUAGCACAUACUACACAGGUUUAUCACAACUGAAUAAAUUCCGACAGCGUCGCUUCGCCCUCCCGUCCCGUUCGUCGCAUGGGGAAACCUUUAAGGGGUCUGAAACGCAAAUCGCAAGAAAUACGCGUUAUUUAUGUAAUGUUCGUGCUAUUUGCGUUGCAAGCCCCUUAAGCCCAGAGGUAAAUCAAUUUUAAACUCCGACUGCUUCAUUGAAUAGCUAGGGUGAAUAUUUUUUUUGCCGCUCCACAGAAAAUGAAUGGUGUUUUGACAGAAAAUACGUAAAUUUCUAAAAAUUUUUAUUUUUUAAAUAUCAUUCCAAGCGCGAAUUAAUAAUGCAUUGUUAUUAAGAACUGUAUAUAAAUAAUAUUAAAAAUAAAAUGAACAAUUACAUCUCCACGAUAAAGGAUUCAUUCAUCAUCAUAUAUGUUUUUAUAAUGAUGACAAAUGACGCUGUCUGAUAAAUAAGCAAGCAAUGCAAUCGCAGAUGAUUAAGGAUAGUUCGUCUUAAUUGCUGCGAACUAGUUACUCCCAAUACAUUAUACAUGAGCACUUUUAAGUGGCUUUUCUACUUUAUGUAAUAAAUCAUGUUAGAGAUAUACGUAUAAGAGAGAUGAUAUGAUAAUACUGGAACAGUCGCUUGACGCUAUGCCAUUUUAUUUUAGUUUAAUAUGUAAGUAAAAAUCUGAUUAGUCAUAGGCUUCUUUUUAAUUUUUUGGCAAUCUAAAAUCUAAUGGCAUCUGUUUUUUAUUUUAUAAUUUGAUUUAAAAUUCUGUAAAUAUUAGAUAAACAAUUAAACAUUAUCGAUGUUUGAAAGAAUGUAAUCUAAGUGUAAUUAGUAAUACUUGCCUUAUUUUUAGAUUACGCUUAAGUUUUGGACUGAUUGAUUUAAAUGAUCUAUGUAACAUAUUUUUUUACACUGCAUUUUUAUCAAGUCAUUGUAACACUUUUAUUUAAGGGUACACAAUAAAUAGACAAUAUUUACUUCGGUUGGGUGAUUACGUGCUAUGAAAUCGAAUUUUACCUUUAUAUCAGAAACAAAUUAGGUUUGUUGCUAAUGCAGAAUAGUUUUUGUUGCCACCUCCAUGAAGUUGUAUCAACAUAUGACAAAAUAAGCUAUACCUAAUAAUGAAAUCGAUCUAAUAGCAGGUAAUUAUUAUCUAACCUUAGAUUAUUAAUUCCAGUCAGUAAAAUGACAUUUAAGUGACAGUUGCACUUGUCAUUUUAUUAAUAAAAUGACAUUUCAGUGACAGUUGCACUUGUCAUUUUAUUAAUAAAAUGACAUUUCAGUGACAGUUGCACUUGUCACUUUACUGACUGGAAUUAAUAAUCGUACUAUAAAUGUAUAUUUCUGCAGUACGAUUUUACACUGUUCACUAUUAGUAUCAAAUCAAUGUAUAAAUAAAGCCUGCAGAUUUGAUUUCAUCUAAACUUCACGAUUGUGUAGCAACGUUGCAUGUCUGAUAGUUAUAGUUUUUGUACAUAUUUUUAUCACAGAUGAUGUCCAUUUUAAAUAGUGUAUCCAUUGGUAAUGAUAUCCCAUGUUUGUAUACAUACGUUUGUUGUAUGAAUGAAUUUUAUUGCUGUCAUUAAAUGAGAUUUUAAAUUUA